AUGCUCCUGUUGGCCAUCUUCAACAUCGUCUACGCCACCGCGCAUCUGCUCGUGAUCCCGGUUACUUACAUCCACGGCUUUGGCUUCUGCUUCUACUCCUCUUCCUUUAUGGCCGGAUACAAGUACAUUGGCUACGGUUCCCUGCUCGGCUACUGCUCCCUCUUCGCCCAGUCCACCAUCCUGCUCGCCUACCACUUCAUCUACCGCUACGCCUGCAUUUGCAAGCCCAACUGGCUGGCCCUCAUCCACACGAAGCGCGUCAUCGGGCUCCUCAGCGUCGCCUAUCUGAGUUAUUUCGGGCUCUGGGUCACGCUCCUCGACUGGUUUCUCGUGAUCUUCGUCUGUGGCUGGAAGAUGAACGAAAAGCUGCGGAGUGCCGAAAUGUGCAGCGCCCGCGGGUACCGGCUGCAGAAGCAGCUCUUCCAGGCACUAAUGAUACAGUUUAUCGUGCCCAUCAUCCUCGAGUACAUCCCAUGCACAUCCAUCUUCCUGGUGCCGAUGCUCGGGGAGGAGAUCAACCUGGAAUGGGCGACGAUGUGCAUCUCACUUUAUCCCAUCUUCGAGCCGCUAGCUGUCAUCUAUUUCGUGAAGGUCGGAGCCGCC